AUGGCGUCGUCUCUAUCACAAUCCUACUUUGACGAGACGGUGGUAGAGAAUGAGGAAGUGUUUGACCUCUCAACUGAGGAAGCAGUAGUGGAAACCAUAGACCAGUUGUACAAGCAACAGACCAACAAUGCCAACAGUAGUAGCCAUGCCGGCAGUUUGGAACGAUGGAAGGAACUCCAACGAGAGCAUGGAAUCUCAUUGACUCAUCCCGAAUCGAAACAAGGAAUUCAAGACCGCGAAGAACAACGUGUCUUCCAGGCGUUGCUUCAAGAAGAGAGUUGGACUGUCGAUGUUGUGAAUCAGAUAUUGGACAUUUUGAAGCGAGACAGUUCUCGCA